AUGGCAGAAUUUACAGGUUACAAGGAAACCUCCAAUCGGCACCUGCGAUUCAAACUGCAGAGCCUUAGUCGCCGCCUCGAUGAGCUAGAGGAAGCAACUAAAAAUCUGCAGAAAGCUGAGGAUGAGCUGCUUGACCUCCAGGAUAAAGUCAUCCAGGCAGAAGGCAGCAACUCCAGCAUGCUGGCUGAUGUUGAGGCCCUGCGGAAGAGAGUGCUGAAGAUUGAAGGCAAAGACGAAGAAAUUAGGAAAGCUGAGGAGCUUUGCCGGUUAAUGAAAGAAAAGCUUGAAGAGGAGGAGAGUCUCACCCGAGAGCUGAAGUCAGAAAUCGAGCACCUGCAAAGGAGAAUGGCAGAGCUGGAGAAGCUGGAGGAGGCCUUUGGCAGGAGCAAGAAUGACUGCACACAGCUGUGUCUUAGUCUCAAUGAAGAAAAGAACUUGACCAAAAAGAUAUCUACAGAGUUAGAAAUACUCCGAGUGAAAGUGAAAGAACUGGAAGCCUCUGAGGACAGGCUGGAUAAAACUGAGCAGAGCCUAACAGGUGAGAUAGAAAAAUUGAAAUCCUUAGCUCUGAGCUUCAUCACUGAGAGAAAAUAUUUUAAUGAACGAGAAAAGCAGAAUGAAAAAAUAAUCCAGGAGCUCACACAGAAGCUAGAACAAAACAAUAAACUGACUAGGGCAGAUCAAACGAGAAAUGCAUCCAACUUGCUAGAGAGGUCAUCAAAUAAUCUCCUGGACAGAAAUGAUUUGAGAAUUGAAGAUGACUUGACUUCUGCAUUGCCCUCUAAGGAGACCAGGAGGAAGGGAAGUGUGGACUACCUGAAGCAUGUAGAAAAUGAAACCAGGAAUAAAUCAGAAAACCAAAAGAAUAAAAAUCAGGAAGACAACAAAGUGAAAGAUCUCACCCAAGAAAUUGAGAAACUUAAAACUCAGAUCAAGCGUUUUGAGUCUUUGGAAGAAGAACUCAAAAAAAUGAAAGCCAAAAACAAUGACCUGCAAGACAGUUACCUGAGUGAACAGAACAAAAACAAACUCCUGACAGGGCAGCUGGAAGAAAUCAAAAUGCAGAUAAAGAAACAGAAAGAGCUGGAGAAUGGAGAGCUGGGGAAUGAAGACACAAGCUUUUUUAGCAGGAGCAAACAUGACAGACCAAAAUACAGAGGUGUCACAGCUGAUCUGGCAGCUGCCAGGCACAAGCCAAGGGAGCUCUCACCGCAGCAGCGCCGGGAAAGAGCAAGGAACAGAGAUUUCUCUGUCAGUAAUGACAGCUAUGGUCAUGGUGGGAAGCAGGUGCUCAGCCCAAGCUUAAUGAACAGAAAAGCAGGAAAGGCAGCUGGUGCAUCUGCCCUGUCAGACACUGCUGGGACAGAUACAAAAAGACUGGAAGAGAAAUCUUCAGUUUCCACUUUUUCUUCUGGUCAGAAGGAAGGCAGUGCCACACCACACGAGGGGAAGAGAGCAAAGGAGCAGCCAUCUGUCCUUAGCCGCUAUCCUCCUGCUGCACAGGAACAGAAAUCUUGGAAAGCGCCUUCCAGACCUCUUGGUGAUGCAGGCCUGAGGUCCAAGGCUGAAAAGCCAUCUCAGGUGCUCCGUGGCAGCUGCCAAACCAGUGCUGACACACAGGAUGAAAAGUCAAGCAAGGGAGACUCAGUGGCUUCCUUGGCUGAGAAGCUGAAAUCCAGUCAGGCAGAGGUCAGUGAGGGCUCAGGGGACACACUGCUCAGCCGGGGUCAUCACAUCUCUUCCAAUGGCACAGCUUCAGCACACAGGUGCCACCUCUCUUCCCAUGCUUUGGCAUCUGACUCCACUAAAGCAGAAGCAGUGACUACUUCUGCUGCAUCACACCGACAGCUCUCGGAGGGGAGGGCUAGAAGACCAAUAAUGUCCCAGGAAAAGGAAUCUGCAGAGACCUCACUUGAAAGUAUGAAGGCUCCAACACUCACCAAGCGCUCACAUUGCUCCAGGAGUCAGGAGGACAUUUUGCAAAUUCUCACAGGUCUGGAUAAAGAAGACACAGAGCAGUCUACAAUGUCAAAAACAGAUCAUGUAAAUGCUGGCUUAAAAACCACCCAGAGUAACCAGGAAAAACUUAAUGUAGAUGAAGAAUUGGGAAGAAGCAGAAAAACAAGCACUCAGUCAGAGCUUGAGACCAGAAAGAAAGUCAGUGCCAAGCAGUUCUCCAACUCCAGGGCAGUUCCUAGAGCAUCACUUUUUGAAAAUGACAAAAACACUGUCAGUGAGGAAGACUCCACCAAGUGUAUGAAACCACCAGAUACCAGCACUGAAGGAUUUCAGCCCAGAAGGUCAUUCAGCCCAAGGGAAGCUCUGAGGUCAAAAGCUGUCAUUAAACCUGCCAUUGUUGAAAAGGAUAUGAAGGCAGUCAUGGGAGGGACCAUUUCUGAGGCAGAGUCAGAAAAACAGAAGUCUGUUUUAAAAAUGGUGACAAACAAAAUGACAAGCAGCAUCACCAUCUUCCCUUCUGAGCCAACAGCUCCAAGGACCAGUGCAGAUCCAAAGGAGAGGCAUGUUACCACCAGCAACAUCAGACGUGCUCCCAAUGAGCAACCCCCUUUUGAGAUAUCAAUCAAUAAAAAUGCUCUGAAAUUAUCUGAGACAGACAGAACUGGAGAGGCAGCAUCCAGAAGUAAAGCAGAAACAGUGGUCUCCAGAAGCAGCAUUGUGAUAAAGACUUCUGAGCUCCUGGAGAGGAACAGUGAGAUGCCUGCGGAGACAGGAGGCUGGAAGAGCCACAGCUUUGCAGAUGCAGCUUCAGCAGAAACAAAGCACGUCACUGUGAGAAGUUCCUGGAGAACAAGACAAGGCUUACAUUCCCCAGAGGACUCUCAAACCAAAGUGGAGAAAAGCACAGCUUCCAGUGCUACAAACAUGUGUAGGUCCUCAGUGGACCUCUCAGACAUGGCAGGGAACAGUGCAAGAACAAACUCCUUGGAUCAGACCUCAGCAAGGAGCAGUGCCACGGCCAGCUCCUGGAGUGCCCCUGAGCUGGGGUCCCGAAGGACCAAAAGUAACUUGAGUGCAUCUGAGCUGCUGACACGCAGGAGCUACACCAGCGACCCUGCAGCUGCCUGCCACCGCACCACACUGCUUGAUGAAAGCAGAGAUGGUGUGUUCAGUUCCAGAAGGAAACAAUCUGGCUCUUCUGAGUACCUCUCACAGGCUGACACAAUAGGGAAGAGAUCAGCCAGCAAGGUGGAGCUGCAGGACCCUGAGCCCUGCCCCCAGGCACCACUGGAUCUCCAAGUGGAGGAGCAGGGUGCUCCCCGUGGCUGCCGGACGACGUCUCGGAGGUGA